CCGCGCCCCAAGCCGCUGCUCCAGCCGUCCCCGCUGCCCGCCGCCCGCCGCCCGCCGCCAGAAUGCCGAACUGGGGAGGAGGCAAGAAGUGUGGGGUGUGCCAGAAGACGGUUUACUUCGCCGAGGAGGUGCAGUGUGAAGGCCACAGCUUCCACAAAUCCUGCUUCCUGUGCAUGGUCUGUAAGAAGAACCUGGACAGCACCACCGUGGCCGUGCACGGCGAGGAGAUCUACUGCAAGUCCUGCUACGGCAAGAAGUAUGGGCCCAAAGGCUACGGCUACGGGCAGGGCGCAGGCACCCUGAGCACCGACAAGGGGGAGUCGCUGGGCAUCAAGCACGAGGAGGCCCCCGGCCACAGGCCCACCACCAACCCCAACGCAUCCAAGUUUGCCCAGAAGGUCGGCGGCUCCGAGCGCUGCCCCCGCUGCAGCCAGGCUGUCUAUGCCGCGGAGAAGGUGAUCGGCGCCGGGAAGUCCUGGCAUAAGUCCUGCUUCCGCUGUGCCAAGUGUGGCAAAGGCCUUGAGUCCACCACCCUGGCAGACAAGGACGGCGAGAUUUACUGCAAAGGAUGCUACGCCAAAAACUUUGGGCCCAAGGGCUUUGGCUUUGGACAGGGAGCUGGGGCCUUGGUCCACUCGGAGUGAGGCUGCCGCUGCCUGCUGCACCCUGCUCAAUGCUGUGCUUGACGUCACGGUCCCCUCCCCAGCAGCCUCGCCGACCUCCAGGAUUCCCUCUCUCUCUCUCUCUCUCUCUCUGCCCUGCCACCCAUCACUAAUGACGUGAACCUGGGCUUGUUUGGAAACCUACCCCACUCAGGGGCUCCCCUGCCUGGCAUCCGCCACCGUCCCCAGCAGGAGACCUCGGCGUUUCUAGUCAGUGGGACCAAGCCCUCACCGCCCCCCUUCCCCGGCCCUCUGGUCCCUGGCCCUUGGGCAGAGUGUCCAGCCUCACCUGGCCAGGGCCCCUGAGGCCACACCCUGGCACCCAGAGGCCCAGAGUGAGAAGGAAGCAGGACCCAGGUGGGGUGAGGAGGCUUCUGGUCACUGUGUCCCAGAGGCCGUCCUCUGUGGAAGAGGCUGGGAACAAGCCCGAGGAGUCAGCAUGCACGCAGCCAGGUCUGGGGGCAUCGAUAGGUGCCCCUGCUUCUCGAGGCCUGGGCUCUGAGUGUCUGCGGAACUGGUGUCCUGUUUGGGGCUGGAGAGCGACCCAGGUGUGAGGACCCCUGAGCGAGGCGGCUACUGCCCUCCCAAGGCCUCCAGUCCCCUGCUCGGUAGGAUCCCGAUGGAACACGUCCACCACACAUUCCCGUCACGCGAGGCCAGAUCUGAGCGGGGUUAGCUUGGGCCAGGCUCUGGGUCCUGAGGCUGCUGUCGGCAGCUCCCCCAGCCUCGCGCCGCUCUGGCCAGGGCUGUGUUCUUAAUACCUGCUCGAUGCUAAGAUGUGGAGGAGGCAGACACAGCCUCGGUCUCCAUCCAGGCACUCUUCCCUCACCCGGAGACCCUGCCCUUUGGCCACACCCUCUCCUCCAGGGACCCUUCUCUGGCCACAUCACCCCGUCCCUUCCAAGCCCCCAGGCCAGGAGCAGCAGGAAAGGAAAAGGGGGAGGGGUGAGGGCACGCUGCUCCCAGCGACUGAAAGGACCACUCUGCUGAGCGAGGGCUGCAGGUGGGGGCUGACGCAAGCUGAUUUUCCAUCUGAUCAAUAAAGCUGUUAGAACAGA